UUUGUCCAGAGGGAAGUAAGUGUUGAAUGCAUACAGUGGCUAUAAUGGUGCCUUUAAAUGCAUGGCAGAUAAUAAAGGUGAUGUUGCCUUUKUAAAACACCUGACCACGGGAGCAGUGUUGAAAGAUGAUGAUGGAAAGUAUGGCAACAUGUCUGAUUACAAGUACUUAUGCACGGAUGGAACAUYUAAAGUGGUAACAAAUGAGUCUCAUGAGUCUUGUAACUUUGGUGCCAAUCCGUCUCACGCUGUCGUUGGAAGGGCUGGUGAAAAUGCAGAAUUCGUUAAGGUAUUGGAAACAGCUUCGACGUUCUGUCAGCCAAACAAACCAACCAGCAACUGCACUGGCUUUUCGAUAUUCAACUCUAAGAUGUAUGGUGGAAGUAUUCUCCUUUUUAAAGAUUCCACCAAGAAACUAGUAGACGUCAAUGAUAAGACAACCUACGAGAAAUGGCUUGGURAUCAUUACACAAAGGCGAUGGAAGCCCUCGGGAACACAAAAUGCUCGGAUCCUGUGAGUGGAGCAAUGAAUGUAAAUCCCUUGCCCGCCCUUCUGUCUGUACUAGUCUUCAUAAAGGCUUUUCUCUAGAAUUCGAAUGCAAGUAUCCUUGCAAGUGUUUUUACUAUAUAUUGAUAAAUAGUACUCACUAAAACACUCGGGAUARAUCAGUAGUUACGACUAGUUUUUGUCAAGACAAGGAUAUGAUAAGUAGUUGUAAUGUGUGAUAUUUCUCAUAUCUGAACAUUGGCCUUUUGUAGCUAAAAGUCACGUAAGAAGAACUGGUUUCAGCCCAUGGUUGGCAAAGUUGCUAAAGACAUAUAAAACUAUGCUAUAUAUAGCGGAGAGACCAAAAACCACUUAACAUCGGAGGAAAAUUUGCCAGCACUUUGAACUACAUAAAACAUAAAUUGAAAACAUAAAUUCCCGUGACAGUU